CAGAUGUCAGAAAAGAAAAACAUUCAGACGCAUCAAUUUGGGUACAUCAAUCCGAGCUCAAUUUGUAUUCUUACUGGCACCUGAGAAUGUCGCGGAGCAGCUUAAGAAGGCAGCUGUUUCAUCGAAACAUUGAUGCCUUGCUCCACAGCUCAGUACUUGAUGUAGUCGAGGAGGAGGUGGAUAGUUCACGAGGCAGGUCACAGGUGCAUUAUACAGCCGGCAAUCAUGAGAUGGUAACAGACCUAGAUGCCACUUGCAGCAGCCCAUGUGACGGAGAUGAAUCCACCCUCGUGUACAACUCACCUAUAUACAAACCUAAAACAUCAAAGGAAGCAGCUACCAACCAAGAAAGGGAGACAUUACAGAAACCCCCACCCUCAGAAAGAGAUUCAGAGCGUAGAGGGACCAUGUACUCAGAGCCCUGGGGUCCGCAACUUACACAAGCUUCCCUACUACAACCAUCUGCAGGGACAUCCGAUACACAAGAACUCCCUAGGCAACCCAUAGGUGGCAAAGGUACCAGCUCUGGCCCCGGGUUUACAGCCAGUAAACCAGGUACCACAUACACAGAGAUUGGAGAACCCAGUCGUCCUAGCCAGUCUCCCCUGAAGUUCCAGUUCCCAAACCCAAAGCCGGGCUCUAGUGGCCAGCUGAGGGACAAUGACCUUCAAUUCUCUCCGAUCCCACACUCCAAAGCUACAGGUACGAGCAGGCUAGCCUGCGGGAGUUCUGUGAGGGCCCUCCCCAUGAGCCCUGCUCUGUUCCUCACCCAGACGACAAGCACCCCGGGGCCUAGUGGUGUUGCCAUGGAUUCACCAACCUGCCACUCAAUCAUCGAGGAAAACAACAACACCAUAUUCAACUUCCCGGAGUGUAAUAUGUGUCGUAUCUGCCACGAGGACGGGAGCAAGGAGCGAUUGUGGUCCCCGUGUCACUGUAAGGGUACGAUGGGCAUGCUCCAUCUCUCGUGUCUCGAGACUUGGCUUGGGUCCUCCAACACCACACGAUGUGAAAUAUGCCACUUUGAGUUUAUUGUAGAGAAAAAACCACGGCCAUUUAAAUGGUACAUGAAGGAGCCAUCCUUGAAGACAGACCGGUGGGUGAUCAUUCGCGACGCGUGUAUGACUGUCUGUCUGGCCAUACUGGUGCUGGUAGUGACUGUGCUGUGCCUGGUGUUUGCUGAGAAACUUCGCUCUGAGGAUCGUCUUGGUCCGGCCAUGGUGCUUGUGAUGAUAGCCACCUGUGCAAUCAUUCUGUUUGCCAUAUGGAUCAUGGUGGCGGUAAGUCGUGUUCGUCACUGUGUAAAACACUGGCACAGCCAGCACCAUGUGCUCACCAUUAAACAGCGCACAUCGACAGACGAAGAGACCAGUAGGAAAAAAAUCUUCUACAGGUUCUCAGUGUAUUUCUCGAGAGAUCGGAAAGGGACAGAGAGGAAUCUCUCUGCCAGGCAAUCGAUAGACAACCCAAACCUGUGUUCCUCCUUCACCUUUAUAAACUGUUCCGUCGGCUCAUACAAGACGGCCAUGAUGAGUCCGGUCACUCCCAAGGAACCACUACUCUGUGCUGGCUGGGAUGAAAAUGAUGAUGAGGUUACCUCCCUUGAUGAGAGCUCUCCCUCAGUUGUCUCCCCUGACAGCUUCUAUGACGAUGGAGUGAGCUACUACCAGCCGCCAGAGUUGGGCACCACGGCUCUGCUAUCAUAUGACGCUGGUGUUGUCAAGGAGACUGGUGUUUAGCAACUGAAGGUUCUUUUGAACUACCAGGUGGAUUUUUUGAUAAUUUUUUUUUUUACCCGAAACUUUUUUUGCAUUGGCUUCAGGCCUGAAAACUGACACUAUUGCCUGGCCCCUGCCUGAAAUCACUUAAAUCCUAAGUUUGAGACUCAGUAAAAGAGAAUUUUAAAAUGUAACAUAGUGUCUUUAAUAAAAACAAUUUUGAACAAUUAUGUGUACAAUAUUGUGGAAUAUGCUUUUGUUUAAACAGUACUGCCAUGUUUACCAUUAUUGCUGGGAAAAAAGCAUUUUUACCAUAAUAAUUAAGAUUUGCAAUCAUGAGUCUCAAAAUUGGACAA